AUGGUUCUAAUCUACGUUAAAUCUGGUGUAUGGAUGUCAAGUUUCAGUGACGAGUGGAGUUUCUUGGCAGACAAACAAAGGCGUGGUCGAAUGGUGACAUUAGAAACUACUGCUUUACUGGAGGAACUCAAGAUCAUGGUGUGUGAAGAUUAUGGGGUCGACCCUAAUUUGGUUAAUGUCGAGUUCAGUUAUGAGAUGGUCAAUCAAAGAGGAAAUCCUCCCAUUAGUAUCAGUAAUGAUCGACAAGUGUGUAACUUUGUGGGCUACGCAAAGAAGGGUUCCUCUACAACCUUGUGUGUCACGUUCUCUGGUACUGGUACUGGUGUAAAGGAAAAGGAACGAGUCAAUAUCGAUCUCAAUAAGGAACCGUGUGAUUCAAGUAAUGUUGAGGAAGGUGAAGUUCCUGACAUAAAUCUGGGAGAUUUUGCAGAACCAUCAAAAAAGUGUUGUGAUAAAAGGAAGAAUCAUGUCGUUGAGGAUGGUUCUGGUCAUGCUGGUUCAAAGAGUGAAAAGUAUGGCGAUAGUGAAAAGGAAAGCCGAGCUGUGAACACAGAUUUCGUGAAGAAAGAUCAACUUUUCCGAAGUAAACGUGUCCUAAAGGCAACAAUGGAAAUUUGGGCGAUGAAGAAUAAUUACGAUUUCCUUGUUACCAAAUCAACGAAAAAGUGGUGGUCUAUACGAUGUAAGGAUAAUACGUGCAACUGGACUGUGCGUGCGGAAUGUGUUGAUGGGUCUACAUAUUUCAUGAUCAAUAAGUGUGUGGGUAUACACUCAUGUGCUCCUUCAAAGAAAAGCAACUUCGGAAAAACGGCGUCGGCAAGAACUAUUGGAAAGCUGAUACAACAUCGAUUUGAUGAUGCCAAUGAUGGCCCCAAAGCAAACGACAUCAUUCAGUUUAUGAGGCUAGAACAUAGCUGCGAAAUUACUUAUUGGCACGCUUGGGAAGCUCGUGAGUAUGCAAUUGCAGCUGUUAGAGGUAUACCAGACGAAAGUUAUGCAAAGAUACCAAAAUAUUUGCAUAUGAUUAAAGAAGUUAAUCCUGGUACACACACUCACUAUGAAACUAAGAAGGAUGGUAGAUUCAUGUAUCUAUUUAUGUCGUUUGGGCAAUCAGUUAGAGGAUUUCACAGUCAUAUGCGUAGGGUGAUUGUUGUUGAUGGAACUUUUCUGAAAAAUAAAUAUAAAGGAGUUCUACUUGUUGCUACAGCUGUAGAUGGUAACUCCAACUUGUAUCCAAUUGCAUUUGGAGUUGCUGAUUCAGAGAAUGAAGAAUCAUGGGAGUGGUUCUUCAGACAGUUGAGUGUGGUUAUUCCUGAUAGUAAAGACUUAGCUUUUGUGUCAGAUAGACAUGCGUCAAUUGCUAAAGCAAUCAGGGAUGUCUACCCACGAUCAAAGCACGGAAUUUGUAUACACCACUUGCUGACCAAUGUGGUUAAAUUCUUCAGGACAAAGGGGUUCACUGCUUUGGUCGAGAAGGCUUCAAACACAUAUAGGUAUAGUGAAUUUCAGGAACGUUUCACAGAAAUUGUUGAUAUCAGUCCGGCACUUGGACGAUAUCUACAGGAGGCUGAUGUGAGAAAAUGGGCUCGUUCUCUCUUCCCUGGAUCCAGGUAUGACAUCAGGACCAAUAACCCAGCCGAGUCGAUUAAUUCAGCUCUGAGAUCUCCUAGACAAUUUCCAGUAAUUCCUUUGCUAGAUAGUAUAAGAGAAAUGAUGACCCGAUGGUUCUAUGAGCGUCGCAUGUUAAGCUCCAAACAUAUUGAUCCUUUAACCGAUAAGGUGGAGAAAAAGAUUGAUAGGAGAAUCGUGAAGGCUCGAGGGUUUCAGGUUCAGAAGGUUGACAACUUCAGAUCACUUGUUAAAGGAGACAUAUAUGAUUGUCAUGUUGAUCUGGAAACCAGAACAUGCACAUGUGGGAAAUUUGAUUUAGGAAAAAUUCCAUGCAGACACGCUAUUCCUGCAAUAUAUUCUCGAGGUAUGGAAGUACACCGAUUUACUGAUGGCGUCUAUAGCACUGCAGCGUGGAGAGCUGCCUACGCGGAAUCCAUUAAUCCCAUACCAGUUCCAGAGGCUGAAUGGAAUGUCCCAGAUGAGGUUAAACUUGCGAAGAUCUUACCACCAGAGUCAAGAAAGAGUGCUGGUAGACCAGUAAAGAGAAGGUAUGAAACAGUAGAAGACAAGAUUAGAUCUUCUCAAGGAUCAACAAAGAAGAAAAAGCACAAGUGCAGCCGGUGUGGUAUGGAGGGACACAAGAGAGGAACAUGUGAUAAACCUAUCUAG